AUGGGGCGCUAUUCAAAGAAAAUUAAACUUAUGCGUAAUGUGCACAUUGGUUACGGAGAUUUCGAAGGUGAUUCUCCUGAAAACUUGGCAUACAAAUCUGUGAAACUUAAACUCCUGGUAUGCUUGCGUUAUCUGCCAACUGGAAGCUUUGAACUGAGCAUGGUAGAUUGGUCACAGAUGUCAAGAACGUCUGUGUGCAAGUUUGUUGGUCUGACUGCCACAGGUAUUGCGUCCUUAGCCUCAGAAUACCUCAAGUUCCCAAAUGCAAGAGAUGUGACUGCAAAUAUCCUGAAGUUCCAUACGAUGGCAGGGAUGCCUGAAGUUAUUGGCUGUUUAGAUGGAUCUCAUUUCCCCGUCAGAGGACCAGGAGGAAAUGAUGCAGAACUCUACUGUUGCCGGAAAGGAUACUUUUCCAUUAAUACGCAGGGUAUAUGUGAUGCAGGGAAAUCAUCCUGGAUACUUGGAGACAGUGGGUACCCUUGUCGUAGUUACCUAUUCAUACCUGUCCAGGGACCUACAACUGACAAGGAGAGGCGCUACGACACAGCCCACACAAAGACCAGAAAUGUGAUUGAACGCGCCUUUGGAAUUCUGAAAAGGCGCUUUGCUUGCCUCACCCAGCCUGUUCGUACAAAGCUGGAAACUACGAAGAAAAUCAUAAUGGUCGAUGUAGGUCUACACAACAUAACAAUGCUCCAUCAUAUAGACCCACCAGAAAUGGGAGAGACUGGUGAGCCACUUGCGGAUGCUCAAGAGAUUCUUACAAAUAUUGCAAAUGGUGCCUUUUAUGUAAGGGACACUGUAAUAUAA